AUGGCGUCAGAUAAUCUAGAAGUGGCUGCUCUGGGUCGACCUUUCACCUUAGGGAUGCUGUAUGAUGCCUGCAGAGAUAAACUGAUCCCAGGUGUCAAAUUGUGGGAAGAUAGUACCCUACAAGACCACAUUCAGGAAAGCCCGCAGCACACCAGUAAGGUUGACAUUUCGUUAUCUGAUUCCAUAGAGGACAGGUCUUCUCUGCUUAGCGUUGAAGGUUCCCUGAAGGCCAGUUUCCUAGGUGGACUGGUAGAAGUUGGAGGAUCCGGCACAUACCUGAAAGAUCAGAAGAAAUAUUUUAAUCAGAGCAGAGUGACACUCAGUUACAGAGCUACCACCACCUUCAAACAAUUGGUGAUCACUCGUCUUGGAAAGAAGGAUAGGCAACAACAAUCUGUAAUCAAGCAGGGCUUGGCAACGCACAUAGUCACUGGCAUCCUUUAUGGGGCAAAUGCUUUCUUUGUAUUUGACAGUGAGAUGUUGGAUGCUAAGAGUGUUCAUGACACCCAGGUUAGCAUGCAGGCUGUGUUAAAGAAGAUCCCCUCAUUUGAUGGUGGAAUGAAUGCUCGAUUCCAGCUGUGUGACACAGAAAAGACCAUUACCAAGAAAUUCUCCUGCACAUUCUAUGGUGACUUUCUCCUUGAUGACAAUCCUCAAACAUUUGAAGCGGCACUGACAAGCUUCGCGCAGCUUCCAAAGCUACUGAAAGAAGAGAAAAAGAGGAAUUCUGUUCCAUUGAAGGUCUGGCUGAUGCCGCUAAUAUGUCUUGACCCUGAAGCUGUGAAGCUCACGAGAGAGAUCAGCGAUGGGCUCCUGGAUGACAUUCAAAAGGCUCUGAACCUUUUUAGCAUAUUGGACAUGAAGUCCAACGAAUGUGCGGAACACAAAGCGGUCGAGAAGUUUCUUCAUAUCCAAGAAAAGAUGAAAAAAUUCAAAGAUCUGUGUAAUCGUUACAGAUCAAAACUCCAAAAUAAACUCAAAAAGAAACUGCCAGCUAUUCGUGCAGGUGCAGAACCCGAGAGCUCACUGAAAAAAUAUAUUGAAGAGAGAGAGAGAUCACCAUUCAGUACAGACAAAUUAAAAAAGUGGAUGGACUAUAAAGAGAAAGAAAUCAAUGUCAUCAAUAUCUGUCUCAAGAUCAUCGACAAGACCAAGGUAAAGAUUGUCUCAAAUGAAAAUGAGUUGGAAAGAGAGGCUUUUGCUCGAGGCGUAGAUGAUGCUCUGUGCUUUGAUUUCACAUUCGUGGAAAGUGGUGAUGCCUACCUUGAUGUGUUGGACAACUACUUGCGUUCACCUAAAUCAGGAAACACCAUCGAAAUCAAGGGGUACCCCCUUAGUAACGCUAGAGAGGAAAUGAUAAACAAAGCUGAAACGUUCCGAGACCUUGCCAAAGCACUGAGGAACAACAGCCGAUUCCGUUUCCUUGUGGCAGCCAUGGCAAACAAGAAAUACAAAGGAGCAACCAUCUACCAUUACAGGCAAGGCAAUCUGGUCACUGAUAACUUCAUAAAGCCUGACAUCCCUGAUGUGAAGGCUGUGAAAAACAGAAGACAUCUUCUCUGGUAUGCCUAUGAUCUCACCCUGAACCCUAAAACUGCAAACAACUACCUCAUUCUGUCUGAGGGAAACAAAAUGGCAACAUGUGCAGAUUGGCAGCAGUAUCCUGAUGAUCCAUGCAGGUUUGAUAAACACUGUCAGGUGUUGUGCACAGAGGCGUUAAAGGGGCGCCAUUACUGGGAGGUAGAGUGGAGUAUUGGGGACAACGAUGAGGUCGGUGUAGCUGUUGCAUAUGACAGAAUUGGCAGGAAAGGAGGGGGUCCAGCGAGCAGGCUUGGACAUAAUAACGUAUCCUGGUAUUUUGGCCACAGGUACGGGCUUUAUGCCUGGCAUAAUGCUAAAGAGUACUGCGGCCCUCUUACCCAGGGUGACUGCAGGAAAGUCGGAGUGUAUCUCGACUGGAAUGCUGGGACUUUGUCCUUCUACAGAGUCUCUUCUAACAGAUUAAGUCACCUCUACACCUUCAAAACCAGAUUCACUGAGGCCGUUUAUCCGGCUGUCUGGAUUUGGGUGAACUCCAACUUUGUUUACCUGAGUCCUUUUGUAUAA